UUGGGUACAACAAAAGGGUUUUUGAUUAAAUGGUUGGAGGAGGAGGAUUCCCCCAGCAGCUUCUCAUUUCCCAAUCACUUGCAACUCCGGUCUUGUCAUGGUGUUACAGGACUUUUGAGUUUCUCUACAGUAGCAUCCGCUGAUGAAGCCGAACAUGGCUUGGAGUGUCCAACCUUCCCUUGGCCGCAUGAUGGCAUUCUCAGCCCCUACGACCAUGCUUCGAUCCGUCGCGGUCACCAGGUUUAUCAGCAAGUCUGUGCAUCUUGCCACUCCAUGUCUCUCAUCUCAUACCGUGAUUUGGUGGGUGUUGCCUACACAGAGGAAGAAGCCAAGGCAAUGGCUGCUGAGAUCGAGGUUGUUGAUGGACCAAAUGAUGAAGGUGAGAUGUUCACCUGCUCCAAGUCUUAUAACUAAGGUAAGUCAUCUUCUGAGUCAUCUUCUGUGAUCUAAUCCACCUUUGCUAUUUUAUGCAAGGCACGUCACAAUGGCCAAAACUAAGUCUUUGCUCUUUUGACUGGUUACCGUGAUCCUCCUGCUGGAAUUUCGAUAAGAGAAGGGUUACACUACAAUCCUUAUUUGCGUGGAGAAAUCGCUAUGCCAAAGAUGCUCAACGAUGAAGCUGUUGAAUAUGAAGAUGGAACUCCUGCAACGGAAGCUCAGAUGGGUAAAGAUGUUGUAUCAUUCUUGUCCUGGGCAGCUGAACCAGAAAUGGAAGUGAGGAAGUUGAUGGGUUUCAAGUGGAUAUUCUUACCGUCAUUGGCUCUACUUCAAGCUGCAUAUUACAGGAGACUGAAAUGGUCAGUUCUCAAAUCUAGGAAGCUGGUUCUUGACGUGGUCAACUAAUAAGCCCGUGAAGAUUAGCCGUUUUCCUCUCUUGCUAAUUGUCUUUUGGAGAGAAAUUGACUUCGCGAGUCUUUUGUUUAUCAUUCUUUUGGUCUUGUUACAACCAGAAAAACAAUUUUAUUAUGUAUAAUCAAAGUGAAUCUGAAUUUUGUACAAUAAAAUCAAAUAAACUGAAUUUUAUUUAA